AUGUUUUGUUACUGUCCUAUAGAAAAAUAAGAAAUGUGCUCUGGAUCCAAGAAUGGAACAAAGGAUUAACUGCAGACAAAGGCCUGUGAUUGGUUGGCGACCCGUCCAGGGUGUAUCCCGCCUCUCGCCUGAUGUCAGCUGGGAUAGGCUCCAGCAUACCCCCGCGACCCUAAUGAGAAGCGGCAUAGAAAAUGGAUGGAUGGAUGGAUGGAAGGUCUACAAAGAGUACAGUAGUCCGUCAUGGCUUCUUCGGGCUGGAUCUGCUCUACAGGAGGGAGCUAUGAUGGAGGACACGCUCACCUGCAGCCAGGCGACCACCUUCUCUCAGGUGUUUGGGCGGCAGGGACAGCUGAUGCAAGCGACCGUCCAGUCUCUCAACAGUCUCAACGACCAGAUAGCUCAGUUCAUGGUGACCCGGCCGUGGGACCUUGACCACCAGGACCAGGACUUCAUGCCGGGGAAGACAGGUGACACCUUGACCAAGUCCAUGACCCUCAUGAGACACCUGCUCAUGGACGCACAGGGGAAGAUCCUCAAAAUGAUGGAGGACAAUAAGCAGCUGGCCCAGAGGAUCGACGGGGCCAUCCGCGCAGCCAGCCAGGAAGUCAGCAACCUGCGCUCUGAGCUGACCGCCACCAACUGCAGACUGGCGGGCCUGGGGGGUGCCGGCGGCCCCCCUACCUUGGAGAACCACAGGCAGCGCAACCACCUCCACCACCACCACGCCGACAGCCUCCGCUACCGGGAUCCCUCAGUGCAUCACAGACAGAAGACGGUGAUGACGGACAUGUGCUACCCUGCAGAGAUAUCCAGCUUGAUGGACUUCGGCUCUCCUGACUGCUCGCUGGGCAAAGUGUUGUUGCACGAGGAGGUGGCCCAGCUUCAGGAGGAGGUCCAGCUGUUGAGGCAAAUGAAGGAGAUGCUGGGUAAAGACCUGCAGGAUGAGUCCCAGGGAGGAGAAGGCACUACCGCCGGCCUGCUCUCUGCCGCCGAGCUCCGGGUGCAACUUGGCGACAAGGAGCAGGAGCUGGACCGUGCCAAGGAGGCCUUACAAGCAAUGAAAGCUGACCGCAAGCGUCUAAAAGGGGAGAAGGGCGACCUGGUGAGUCAGAUGCAGCAGCUGUACACCACACUGGAGACCAGAGAGGAUCAGCUCAGAGAAUUCAUACGCAACUACGACCAGCAUCGAAAGGAGAGCGAGGACGCAGUGAAGGUCCUGGCCAAGGAGAAGGACGUGCUGGAGAGGGAGAAGUGGGACCUGAGGAGGCAGACCAAAGAGGCCACAGAGCAGGCCAACGUCCUGCGCGCUCAGCUGGACAUGAAGGAGAACAGGAUCAAGGAGCUGGAGGCCGAGCUCACCAUGGCCAAGCAGUCUCUGGCCACUCUGACUAAAGACGUACCGAAGCGCCACUCCUUAGCCUCCACCACUGAGCCUGUGGUGAACGGCAGUCAGGAGUGGGUGAUGCAAGCCGACCUGCCGCUGACUGCCGCCAUCCGGCAGAGCCAGCAAACGCUCUACCACGGUCACACGGCGGACAGACAAGCUGUGGUCAGGAUCAGCCCCUGCCACUCACGGCAGCCGUCCGUCAUCUCGGACGCCUCAGCCGCAGACGGGGACCGCUCGUCCACGCCUAGCGACAUCAACUCCCCUCGCCACCGGACUCACUCUCUCUGCAAUUCGAUGGAGGACUUGGAGGACCAAAAGCGUAAGAAGAAGAAGGAGAAGAUGACUUUGGGCUCCCUGUCACGCGUGUUUGCCCGCGGAAAGCAACGCAAGUCACUGGACCCUGGCCUGUUUGAUGGUACUGCCACACCCGAUUAUUACAUAGAGGAGGAUGCCGACUGGUGAUGCUGAGUGUGUGUCGGUGUGUGCGCGUGUGCGUGUGUGUGUGUGUGUGUUUGAGUGUGUGCACCAUAGCCUAAAAGAGACUGCUCCUCCAUGAAAUGUAUAGUAUAUUAUCCUCAAAUUGUAUGUAUGUAAAUUAUAUAUAUAUAUUUAUAGAUGUAUAUGUAUGCAUAUGUAUAUAUGUUUACAUGCAUAUAAAUAUAUACAUGGGGUUAUUAUCACUCAAUGUGUACACAUGCUGUAUUAUCUUCAAAUUGUCUUUAUGUUUUGUUCUUUUACAACUUGAGACUUGAAGGACUGCUGUUUAUGUAUAAAUAGGAGUGUUUUUACUGUUAUGUUUAUUUUUACAUUUAUCACGCUUUCUGUCCGACACAGCCCAUUCCACAUGCCCUCGCUGGCUUUAAGCUGUUUUGUUGUUUUUUUUAGUUCUUUUGGACACAUCACAAUUUUUUUAAUAUAAAAAGAUGCAAACUUGUCAUUUGGAUUUCCUAAAGUGACGUAAAGAAAUAGGAGUUGUACGUGCUGAUAAAUAUUAAGUUAUGUCAUAUCACACUGUGGGCUGCAAGCAUUGAUAACAGAAAAUAACCGUGACUAAGCUGAAAAAUGCACAUUUAGGCAUAAAAGCUCACUCUAUAGAAAUAUUGUAUUUCCUCAAAAUGCAGCCAACGCACUACUAUGAAAAAAUAAAUGCCUCACCUCAAUUAAAGCCCUCCUUUACCACCACAUCGUUCUACUGGCUAGCGGUAACCUUUUAGGUGAUUAUACCCAGCUAUUUUUAUUAGUGCAGUUGAUUGAGUUGUUUUCAAGUUGGCUUUUUUUAUUUAAAAAAAUAAUUACAAUAACUAAUUAAAUCGAGUGAUAUGGUUAAAUUUGAACAACACACUAGUUUAAUAACAAACACAAUGCAAUAUGGAUUAAAAUAGCUAGUCAAAAAGCAUGCAUCUCCUAACUGUCUCUAUUUUAAGGUUUUUAUCUUAUUUUUAUCUUUUAUUAAGUCAAUAAAUAAAUUGGGAGAUACAUGCUUUCUAUUGGACAGUUAUGUAUAUUAGUAUAUACACCAUGUCCCCAACUAACGAACACAAUUGGUUCCAGACGACCGUUCUUAUGUCGAAUUGUUCUUAAGUCGGGGAAAAGGUAAUAUUACCAAUGAUAUAGGUAGUACAUGUACGUGUAUACAUAUACAGUAUAUGUGUAUGUAUGUAAAUAUGAGUUUGGAUGCAGUAGUAAUAUUAAACAAGGAUAAUUAUUGAAAAAAACAAUAAUAAAAGUGAUAUAAUACGUAAUGAUAAAUGUUAUUUACCUUUGAAGAGAAGUGGUCGAGCAUAUGUCGUUGUGGUGGAGUUGGAGGAGGAGACAUUGGAAAAAAAAGGACAAAUUGUUGUCGUCGUUAGACUCUUCUAAAAGAGGUAGUGUUCUAUGGGUGGUGUAGAAUUAAGCAGGCCUAUUAACUCUUCAUAAACUUUAAUCACAUGCUCUGUCCGGGUUGUACAAUUUAGCUUUCCAUUUAGCUUUACACUGUAUCUCCCCAGCGUCUAACUCUUCCUCUGUUGGUCCCAUUAGCUCUAAGGCUGCAUUAGCAGUGUCACAGUGCCCUCUACUGGUCAAGCAUGUACGGUAGCAGUAUAAAUACUGAUUGAGCGACUACAAGGCAAAACAAAAUAAAAUAUAGAUCAGUCGGCUUGUGUUUGUAUCCACGAGUGUUCACUAGUCGGGUGUUCGUACGUUGGGGACCUAGUGUAUAUAUAUAUAUAUAUAUAUAUAUAUAUUUAUAUAUAAAUACAGUAAUAACCCUAAACCUUUUGAAGACUACAUAUUUAUCUAAAUUCAGAAUACAAUAUAAAAUAUUAUUAUAAAUCUGCUUUGGUUUCAAUUAAAGUCACCUCUCUAAUAAAAAAGUUAUUUUGUUUCUAUUUUUGGUAAGAGACUCCAAGUUUCCUUGUAUGAAAUGAAAAUAGAGGCAUUGAUUUUGUCUUUUAUACCACACCUCUAAUAAAGGCGUGAUACUUUCUGAAGUUAAUACAGUAGACACCCCCUAGCAGCUAUUUGAGGAAAUACAAUAUGAGUCUUUUAGCACUAGCCUGGUAGCAUUGCUUACUUGACUGAGCUGAAUGAAUGUGUGAGAAGCAUCUGCACGACUUCCUUUGUGUUGCAUUAUGUUUGUUUGUUUUUAUCAGUCAUUCAUUCAUUGCCAAGUCAUCCCUCCCUUUCUGAUCUCCAACUUGCAUUGUCAAUGCAAGGUCUCCUCAUUUUGUUUUUGUUGCUUUGUGUAAAACGCUCUAAUAAUUCAAUGCCUAAGGUUGAAUAAAAGAUUAAAUCUA